AAUUGUUGUCUUCGCAUCAUUUCGUCUGUCGGUGCAACACGAAGUGGUUCGAAUUUUCAUGACUUUUGCGACGCUGAUCAUACGCAGUUUUGAAAUUUGAAUUUUUUUUUUCUUCGAGCAUAUUUGACUAAAAUCAUCGUCUGACGUAGGCGAUGUUUGACUUUUAUUUUUCGAUAUGGUUCGAUUUAGUUUUUGAUCGAAUUUUAGUUUCAAAGAAAUUAUCAGAUAAUGGACUUUAAGAUUCGCAUGGCAUGUUGAGAGCAUCGCAUCAUUACACAAACACAUGGAUACCAAAAGGAUAUUCGUGAAGAGUUCAUCAGAGACCACGUUGAAUAGUUUGACGACCAACGGCGGUGGCGGUAGUGACACAUGUAAUAUGAAACCAUCAGUUACCAGCUCGACUACAGCAGCAUCAUGUGUACCUUCGGAUAUGGUAUCAGUAAUAGCAAAUGCUGGAAGUUUCGAUGCACCAAGUAGUUUCGAUGACGGUUACGAUUCGUCAAAUAGUUCGCCUCGUAGUCCAGGAAGCUCUUCCGUCCAGUACAAUGGUGACAAUGGCAUAAAAACCAAUUUAUUUCGUCGCAUGGUUGCCAGAUAUUACAAAAUUAUGAAACGAAACCAAUAUCCGGACAUAAGCACCAAAUACGAAGAUUUGGAAAUGGCAGCUGUACCAAAAAACGAAAAAUCUGAAGAUAAAAAUUAUAAUAAAGUCGACACUCAAGUCGGUUUGGUUUCUGAGUCGGAGCAACUCAUCGAAACGACGAUAAUAGACGAAGAGAAAUCAAACUGCGAGCAAAUUGAUAUAUACGAAGAUAUCGAAGCGAAUCGAGAAACGUGGGAACGUAAUAGCGACUUCCUUCUUUCCAUCAUUGGUUUUGCUGUCGACUUGGCAAAUGUGUGGAGGUUCCCUUACUUAUGUUAUCGCAAUGGGGGAGGUGCUUUUCUAGUCCCCUAUUCUUUAAUGUUAAUUUUUGGAGCAGUGCCUUUAUUUUAUAUGGAACUAAUAUUAGGACAAUAUAAUAGACAAGGACCAAUUAGCGUUUGGCGUAUAUGUCCGAUUUUUAAAGGUAUCGGAUUUUGCGCCGUAAUGGUAGCAUUUUACGUGUCAUUUUAUUAUAAUGUGAUCAUUGGCUGGGCAUUAUACUUCUUGGUGGCCAGCAUAACACCCGAAUUACCUUGGGUGCAUUGUAAUAAUACCUGGAAUACGGCCAUAUGCACCGAUUCUAAAAGUAAUUACACCAAUAGCAAUAGCAGCACUCAAGUCACAGCGUUGUUACCUCAUUCGCCAGCUUGGGAGUAUUUCCAUCGAGCUGUCUUAGAAAUGCAAUGGAGUGAAGGUCUUCACGAGAUUGGUUACCCAAAGUGGCAAUUAGUUGUAUGUCUUUUCUGUGUUUAUUUCAUGUUGUACCUGUCGCUUUUCAAAGGCGUUAAGUCUACUGGUUUGGUUGUUUGGGCAACAGCUACAUUGCCCUACGUCGUGCUUACCAUUUUGUUAUUUCGAGGUCUAAUGCUUCCUGGGGCCCUCAGAGGGAUCAAGUAUUAUUUAAAACCUCAGCUUUCUCGACUAAAGGAUACUCAAGUAUGGGUUGAUGCAGCAGUUCAAGUGUUUUAUUCUGUAGGAGCUGGUUUUGGAGUUCAUUUAUCGUACGCUAGUUAUAAUAAUUUCAAUAAUAAUUGCUACAGAGACUGUUUGAUAACCACUUUGGUGAAUUGUUUCACGAGUUUUUUCUCUGGAUUUGUAAUAUUCACCUAUUUAGGAUACAUGUCACAUAAACAGGGAGUUCCAAUUAGUUCUGUGGCGACAGAAGGGCCUGGUUUGGUAUUCCAAGUGUAUCCAGAAGCUGUGGCCACUCUACCAGGAUCACACGUAUGGUCAGUUUUGUUUUUCUUCAUGUUAAUAAUGUUGGGAAUCGAUUCGGCGAUGGGUGGUUUAGAAUGCGUUAUUACUGGUCUAAUGGACGAAUUUUGUUUGUUUUUCGCGCGUAAAAAAUACGCCAGAGAGAUAUUCACACUGUGUGCCAUUUUUGUUUCAUUUAGUGUGGCCACUAUUAACGUCACUCCAGGUGGCAUCUACAUGUUUCAUUUAUUUGAUACGUAUUCGGCCGGUAUAUCUUUAUUGUGCUCAGCUCUAUUUGAAGCAAUAGCUGUCUCUUGGUUUUAUGGCUUGGAACGUUUUACUGGCGAUGUUGAACUGAUGCUAGGCCAUCGACCUGGAUUAUAUUGGCGGAUAUGUUGGAAAUUUAUUAGCCCUUCUUUCAUCAUUGGUGUAGUUGUAUUUGCUUUGUUAUAUCACGAACCUUUAAGGUACAAUGAUUAUCUCUAUCCUGUAUGGGCAGAAUGGAUAGGUUGGGGAUUGGCUCUAUCUUCUAUUUUAAUGAUACCAUUUUUUAUGAUAACUCAAUUAAUCCAGUCUCCUGGAUCAUUCAAAGAGAGGAUUGCCUACAGUAUUACUCCGGUCGAAGAACACGCUUUGCUAAAACGAUCAAAAAAAGUCACCAGAUUUCGAUCUCGUCAUUGGUUGUACAUAUAAUUCUCAUACCUUUAAAACGACUGAAUGCCAUAUUAUCUAUUUUCUUCACGUAUACUGAUGAACUCCUUCCCCUCUCCUUCCUCGAUCCGAUGAGACAAUCAAAAUUCCCAACUGCCUACCUAAUGUAUACUUACCUACAUAUAAUUUUAAGGUGUAUUUAUAUUCUGUAUAAACGUACAUAUGGGUUCUUCUAGUCAUGAUUUACUUCCCUAGGAUAUUGUAGUUGAUGUGUUGACUUUAUGUAUAUAUUUUUAAGUUUCUUUUUGUCGAUAGAAAUAUGACUAUAUGGGUGAUAUUUUUAUCGAGUGGAUCUUUCGAGGUACUUACCUACUUAUUCGCUUAUUAGAACUUUUUUAAUUUAUUAAAAAGUGUAUUUAGUUGUGAGCUCUGUGACCUAACUAUGUACCUAUUUCUAACGAUGAUUUACCUACUAUUUUAGAGUGUAGUUUUAUAGGUAUCUUCCUAUUUUGCUUUUUUAUUUUUUUAAAAUAAUUAUAUCGUCAAUGCCAAACCGAUGGCCUCUCAAUGUCUUGCAAAAAACAUAAUUUUUAUCGUACCUAGUUCAUUCUUGCGGGGGCAAACUGGCCUCGAUAUUUAUUAUAAUUACGAAAAAAACUUUCAUGCAUUUUUAGGCAGUACCCUUUGACAAAUCAUUCAAACAGAAAAACAGACUUUUAACAUGAAAAAUGGGUCCAAUUUCAGGUUAUUUUUCUAUCAUUAAUUCUAGUACUGGAAAACAAAAUAAUUUUAUUUCUUUAACUAUUAUUAAUAAUUAUGUUUGUUUCUGACAUUGCGACACUACCUAUUUAACUGGUUUAAUUUUUAUUUUACUGAAAUGUGGAGUCUGCCUUCCGUGUUCCUUAUUAUCGUGUUUUUAUAUACCAUCAACACUGCCUAUGCUGUGCUCAUACCUACCUAUAUUUUUCUCUAUCUAGUCAAAAACGUCUCCUCUAUAAUUAUAAAAUAUCAAAAUUUCAAAUACGCACCUAGGUAUACCUACUUAGUUAUGGUUGAUUUUGUGAGUCUGAUUACAUAAGAUUGUAUUGUGUAAAUAUUCAAUAAAAUUUUAAUAGCAUAGGUAUCCAUAAGCCGGUUACAAACUGAAAGGCAGAUUUAUUUUAAAUACCUAUCUUUAAUUACUUGAGUAUGUUGUACAGAGAGAUAUUUUAGUAUAUAUUGGUACCUAUUUCUAAUUGUUUAUGUAUUGAAUAAAAAAGUACCUACCAUGUCGCUGAUAUUAUUACAUCAUUUUUGCAACAAUAAGAAGUAUCAGUGCGCUUUUUUGUUGUAUAUUUCUAAUAUUAAAAUAAAAGUUUCAUAUAUU